CUCCUUAAUUCAAUUUUCAGUCAAUCACAAACACAGGUGUAAAAUCUAAUUAAUCGACACGACAAUGUUGUUAUCAGCACCACGGAAAGCCUUCAUUCAUAUCGUACUGCAUUUUAUCAAGCGGCGCUGUAUUAUCUGUGUUCUUUUUGUAUCGACACAUUCAUUUGAGAUUUAAUUUUCGAAUAGGUCGGUUCACAAUGCCAAAAAUUCGUCCAUUAUCAGAAGCUUUACAAAAAGUGGCAAUUGAGGAGUUAAAUGAAGUUCCCGAGAGAAUAGAAGAGGAUAUAGAAUCAAUAAGACAAUGGAUAAAGAAGAUGCCACACUUGAAAUCCCGCGACGACGAUCAAUUCAUAAUAACUUUCCUUCGUGGAUGUAAGUUUAGCCUUGAAAAGGCAAAAAAGAAAAUCGAAAGCUUUUAUAAAGCACGAGCGGAAACUCCAGAGUUUUUCGCGAAUCGGGAUGUUUGUGAUAAGACAAUGAGUGAAAUUAUGAACUUUGGAUUUAUCAUUCCAAUGCCUGUAGACGAAAAUAAGCCUGAACCCAAAGUAGUCUUAACUCAGUUAGGAAAUUAUGAUCCAAAUAAAUAUACAUUUGUGGAUAUCAUGAAAGUGACUUAUUUCUUUGGAGAUUUAUCAAUGUUCGAGUCUGAUGUGACAAUUGUUAUAGGAACAAUCAAUGUUGUGGAUUUACGCGGUUGUGGACUAAACUUACUGACUCAAGUCACUCCAACAUUAAUCAAGAAAUUAUCAGGACUUCUUGAGCCUUUUCCAGUUCGUGUUAAAGCAAUUCAUUUGGUAUAUCCACCAAAAGCACUUGACAUGGCAUUCAGCAUUUUAAACAGCGUCUGUCAUGAAAAGCUUAGGAAUCGAAUUUACGUCCAUGAAAACUUUGACAAAAUGUAUGAGCAACUACCACAUUUGAAGAAUCACUUACCGUCCGAUUUAGGUGGAACAAAUUCGAGUUUAGAGAAAAUUAGAACAGAUUUGAAAAAGCUUGCAUUGGACAGACGUGAAUGGUUCUUAGAAGAUGAAAAGCAGUUCCGCUAUAUUCCACCAAAAGACUCUGAAAAUUCAAAUGGACUUUUUGGUGUUGGUGGAAGUUUUCGUUCAUUAAACAUUGAUUAGUCAUUUGUGAUAACAAGUACAUAAGAUUAUUUUGCCAUAUUUUUAUCAUUAAUAAAAAUGUCGAUUUUAAUC